AUGGCGGCAACCUUGGAGGAGCUGGUGGGCCUCGUCGAGCCCUCGCCGCAGUCCCCGUCGGUCUUCCUCCACCUUCCCCCAACGCCCCACCAUGACAACGGCGUCCCCUCCUCAGGGCAGCAGCAGCAGCAGGAAGACGUGGCCCUGGAACAAAUCUCGCGUCUGCUCAUGGAGGAGGAAGAGGACAUGCAUGGCAUGUUCUUGCGCAACGACGACCCCGCACUCCUCCACGCUCAGCAGUCCUUGGCUCAAAUCAUUGCCUCUUCUUCAUCUUCCACCAGCAAUGGCGCAUCCGAUCUCUACAAGGACGGCAACAAUUCCACGGUCUCCAACAUGUGCGCCACCGCCACAGGAGCAGAGCCCUGCAGCGUCAUGGACUUGCUGAACAUGGCGUUCGUCAAGGGCAGGGAGGAAGGCUGUAAAUUCUUGCCCAAAGACAACAAGAGACUGGUGAUGAAGGAUAUUACUAGGAACGGCCGCCUGGAGGCCGACGCGGAGACGACGGGCAGAGCAUGCAAGCUGAUGGCCACGAUGGCCAGGCCGGAAGAGGAGGCCGAGGUGCAGGAGCUGAUCGGCAGGAUGAUGCUCGACGACUGCGAGGUUCCCACGGAAGAGAUGGAGCGCCUGCGCGCGGCUAUGGCGGACGAGGCGGCCAUGAGCAACAGCAGGGAGGCGCGGCGGCGGCAGCAGCAGCAGGUGGACAUGCGCACGCUGCUGGUGAGCUGCGCGCAGGCGGUGGACGAGCGGCACGGCGCGCGCGAGCUGCUGGAGCAGGCGAAGCAGCAUGCGUCGCCGACGGGGGACGCCACGCAGCGCCUGGCGCACUGCUUCGUGGAGGCCCUGGAGGCGCGCCUCGCCGGCACGGGGAGCGUGCUGCACAGGUCGCUCCCGGCGCUGGACACGACGACCUUGCUGCAGGGCCCCGAGUUCCUGAGGGCGUUCCGGCUGUUCAACGCCACGUGCUGCUUCCAGAGGGUGGGCUUCGCGUUCGCUAACAUGACCAUCUGCCGCGCCGCGGCGGGGAGCAGCCGGCUGCACGUCGUUGACUACGGCCUCCACCUGGGUCUCCAGUGGCCGGGGCUGCUGCGGCGGCUGGCGGCCAGGGACGGCGGCCCGCCGGAGAUGACGAUCACCUUCAUCGACCACCCGCUGCCGGGGUUCCGGCCGGCCAGACACAUCGAGGAGACGGGGCACAUGCUGAGCGACUGCGCCCGCGAGCUGGGUGUGCCGUUCAAGUUCCACGCGGUCGCGGCGGCGAGGUGGGACGCCGUCCGCGUGGAGGUAGACCCCGACCCCGGCGCGGUGGUGGUGGUGAACAGCCUGUUCAAGCUGGAGACGCUGGCCGACGACAGCUUGGUGGUGGACAGGGCGAGCCCCCGGGACAGCGUCCUGGCGGGCAUCCGGAGGAUGAGGCCCGCCGUGUUCACGCACGGCGUCGUCAACGGCCUGUGCGGCAACUCGUUCCUGACGCGGUUCCGGGAGGCGCUCUUCUACUUCUCGGCGGCGUUCGACAUGCUGGACGCCACGCUGCCCAGGAACAGCGAGCAGCGGAUGGUGCUGGAGCGGGACUUCCUGCGCGCCUGCGUCGUCAACGUGGUGGCCUGCGAAGGCCGCGACCGGACGGACCGAUUCGACACGUACAGGCAGUGGCAGCAGAGGAGCCGGCGUGCCGGGCUGAGGCAGCUGCCGCUGGACCCGGCGGUGGUCGGCGCGGUGAGGGUGAUGGUGAAGAAGCAGUGCUACCACAGGGAGUUCGUGAUGGACGAGAACGACGGAUGGCUGCUGCAGGGGUGGAAGGGCCGCAUCCUCUACGCUCAUUCCACCUGGGUUGCAGACGAAUCGUAG